GCAGUCCGUCUGCCUGCGCUGCGCUUGUGGAACCCGAUUUGUUUCUUUGGCUUUUUGCAUUGUAUUGGUAGGAGGAGCUGCUUUCCUGUGAUUGUCUGCCUCUUCUCUCUCUCUCUUAGCAGGUUUCUCAUUUUUCCAAAGUUAAAUAUUCAAGUCUGUGAGCUCUCACAGACGGUGGGUGCCUGCGCCGGCGGCGAGGUUUGCCUUUGCUUGUGUCGAAAGCGAGCGGAACAGAACAGAACAGAACAGAACGGAGCGACGCUGUUUAUGUCACAUAACCGAGGCUCUUCCACUUGUGUUCGAUCCAAGUGUUUCUUAACUUCGAUUUCGACUGCUUUCAAGAUGACAGAAGAAAAGAAUGUUGGGCAUAUAAAGCUGGUGAUUGACCAGCUUCCGUGGGAUUCGAUGUCACCUCUAGAUUGGUUCUGCUGAAGAUGGAAACACUGGAGUCUGAGCUCACCUGCCCAAUCUGCCUGGAGCUGUUUGAAGAUCCCCUGCUCUUACCCUGCGCCCACAGCCUGUGUUUCAACUGCGCCCACCGCAUCCUAGUCUCCCACUGCUCGUCCAACAAACCUCUAGAGUCCAUCUCCGCCUUCCAGUGCCCCACCUGCCGUUACGUCAUCACGCUGAACCACCGCGGCCUGGAGGGCCUGAAGCGCAAUGUGACCCUGCAGAACAUCAUCCACCGUUUCCAGAAGGCCUCCGUCAGCGGCCCUAACUCCCCCAGUGAGAGCCGUCGUGCCCCAGGUCUCUCCGGAGGCCACAGGCCCUAUAGCAGCAGCGGAGGAGGAAGCUCCGGCAGCCACAGCGCCCGCUCCAGCCCGGCCCAGCCCUCCUCUCAUCAGCACACCGCCACCAUGUCUCUGGAGCACCGUAUCAGCUGCCAGUUCUGUGAGCAGGACCCGCCUCGCGAGGCAGUCAAGACGUGCGUGACCUGCGAGGUGUCGUACUGUGACAGGUGUCUACGUGCCACGCACCCCAAUAAGAAGCCGUUUACCAGUCACCGGUUGGUGGAGCCGGUGCAUGACGCCCACAUGAGAGGCCUCACCUGUCUGGAGCAUGAGAAUGAGAAGGUUAAUAUGUACUGCAUCGUGGAUGACCAGCUGAUAUGUGCCCUGUGUAAGCUGGUGGGACGACACAGAGAACAUCAAGUCUCCUCUUUCAGCGAACGCUUCGACAAACUCAAGGCUUUUCAAGUGAGUCCUGGCAGAGUAUCUGACGCGGUAUUGGAGGCAUCAAAGACAAGCGCCGCGCAAACCCUGGAGAACAACCUCACCAACCUGGUGAAGAGAAACAGUGAGCUGGAGAACCAGAUGGCCAAACUCAUCCAGAUCUGUCAGCAGGUUGAGGUGAACACAGCGAUGCACGAGGCCAAGCUAGUGGAGGAGUGUGAUGAGCUUGUAGAGAUCAUACGCCAGAGGAAACAGAUCAUCGCUGUCAAGAUCAAGGAGUCCAAGGUGAUGAAGCUGCGUAAACUGGCCCAGCAGAUGGCUAACUGCAGACAGUGUCUGGAACGUUCCGGAGCCCUCAUCACCCAGGCAGAACACAGCCUGAAGGAGAACGACCACGCUCGCUUCCUACAGACCGCCAGGAACGUGGCCGAGAGGGUUGCCAUGGCCACGGCCUCAUCCCAGGUGCUGAUUCCAGAUGUGAACCUGAACGAAGCCUUUGAUAACUUUGCCCUGGACUUUUCCAGAGAGAAGAAGAUCCUAGAGGGACUGGACUACCUGACAGCUCCCAGUCCUCCCUCCAUACGUGAUGAGCUGUGUACUGCCUCCCACGACACCAUCACAGUUCACUGGACGUCUGAGGACGAGUUCAGCGUCACCUCCUACGAACUGCAGUACACCAUCUACACCGGACAGACCAACUUCAUCAGUCUGUAUAACAGUGUGGACAGUUGGAUGAUUGUCCCCAACAUCAAGCAGAACCACUACACGGUGCACGGCCUGCAGAGUGGAACACGUUAUGUCUUCUUUGUCAAGGCCAUCAACCAGGCAGGCAGCCGCAACAGUGAACCAGCCCGCCUCAAAACCAACAGUCAGCCUUUUAAGCUUGACCCGAAGACGGCCCACAAGAAGCUGCGUCUGUCCAACGACUGCCUGACCAUGGAGAAAGAUGAGAGCUCCCUGAAGAAGAGCCACACUCCAGAACGUUUCAGCAGCACGGGUUCGUACGGAGCAGCAGGAUCCGUCUUCAUGGACAGCGGCUGUCACUACUGGGAGGUGUUGCUGGGCGCCUCCACCUGGUACGCUGUGGGCGUGGCUUACAAGUCAGCCCCUAAGAACGAGUGGAGUGGAAAGAACUCCUCCUCCUGGGUGUUGUCCCGCUGCAACAACAACUUCAUGGUGCGUCACAAUGGCAAGGAGAUGCUGGUGGAGGCCAGCCACCAGCUCAGACGUCUGGGAGUCCUUCUGGACUACGACAACAACUCCCUGUCCUUCUACGACGCCAUGAACUCCCAACACCUGCACACCUUCGAGGUCAGCUUCCUGCUCCCCGUGGCGCCCACCUUCAUGAUCUGGAACAAGUCUGUGAUGAUCCUGUCGGGGCUUCCUGUGCCGGACUUUGUGGACUGCCCUGAGGAACACCAGGAGGGGAUGAUGACCCUGUGUCGUCAGCAGGAUUCACCCUACGUGUCGGGUAUGAAGGGCUGUCACUGAGUCCGGGACUGGGGUGACUCCCAGUCCCGGAGACCGACAAGGGCUUGGACUGGACUCUGAACUGGGCUGGGCUAGACUCACUUACUUCCUAGGUUUGUGGGCCAAUGGGGUUGAAUCUUACUUCUCCUCAGCUUCCUACUUCCUCCUCUUCCUCCUUUUACCCAGCUUUCCUAUUUUCUCUUCAUGGAUGGUUUGUUACCUACUACUUGUCUCAGUGUGAGGAUGUGUGUUGUUGUUUAUGAUAUUUACAAAUCAACACAGAAGCUUGACUUGCAUUAUGUGACUACUAGUCUUGUAUUAUAAGAAACUUUAUUGAUCAUGAUUGAUUUGAGGAAAACAUGUUAAUUAUUUAUGAAUAAUAAGUUGGUUUGCUUUUAUUUUCUUCUCAAUCUCAAUGUAUUCAUGGGACACUUUUUGGAUUGGUCUUUAUUUCCUCUGUGUUUAAAAAAAGACAGAACAUGUAUUUGGGACAUGGUUGUUCUCGCUCUAGAUAGCAUAGUGGAUUUAUCUUCUAUAGAAAUGGGUUAAGAUUAUGACGGUUAUGCGAUUUUUAACACAGUGAAAUUAACAAAACUGACGAAUUACAAAAAAAUUACGAAAGUUUAAUAUUCAGGGAGGGAAGAGAGGGUUAUAACAUUCGAUUUGCUAUCUUGGUUUUGAUGUCAUAGCAUGAUGUGUAUUUCCUCUGUGAUUAAUUCACAUUUCAUGUUUUGUUUACUUCUGUUUUGCUGUGAUAAAAGCAUGCUGCGUUAUAGGAUCCCACUUCGCUGCCCUUCACUGGUUCACUUCCAGGUUAUCAUGAGGUAUUUCUUGACUCCUGACCUAUAGAAUUCCUCACUGGUUCACUUCCAGGUUAUCAUGAGGUAUUUCUUGACUCCUGACCUAUAGAAUUCCCCACUGGUUCACUUCCAGGUUACCAUGAGGUAUUUCUUGACUCCUGACCUAUAGAAUUCCUCACUGGUUCACUUCCAGGUUAUCAUGAGGUAUUUCUUGACUCCUGGCCUAUAGAAUUCCUCACUGGUUCACUUCCAGGUUAUCAUGAGGUAUUUCUUGACUCCUGGCCUAUAGAAUUCCUCACUGGUUCACUUCCCGGUUAUCAUGAGGUAUUUCUUGACUCCUGGCCUAUAGAAUUCCUCACUGGUUCACUUCCAGGUUAUCAUGAGGUAUUUCUUGACUCCUGGCCUAUAGAAUUCCUCACUGGUUCACUUCCAGGUUAUCAUGAGGUAUUUCUUGACUCCUGGCCUAUAGAAUUCCUCUCUGGUUCACUUCCAGGUUACCAUGAGGUAAUUCUUGACUCCUGACCUAUAGAAUUCCUCACAGUCACCGCGGAGCUCCACCCCCCUCCCCUCGCAUCCAAUCCUUGGUCGAGGUUUACCUAUUCCAAAAGGGGUGUGUUGUUAUUGGCCGCUGAUUUGUAUAAAGUCCCAAGACGAUGUAAAUCUGUAAUUUAUCUACCAGUUACCAUCCCGAUAUCCUAUCUCUCAUAGAAACCAUCAGAUUUCUAUUCAAGAAAAUCACAAAACAUUUUCACUGGAUAUGGUUAAGAUUCCACAGAGAAGACCUUGUAGGUCUAUGACAUCAUCAUAACAAAAAAAGUAAAGCGUUACAUCAUCAAAUACUUAUUAUUUAUUUUGGCUUUUUUGUUGUUUGUUUAUGGCUUUGGUGGUGUGGACUAUGAUUUUUAAUGAUUUUCCUCUGAUUUAAUAUUCAGGGAUUGAAUACGUAGUGGGUCUGAUCAAGACAAUCAAUAGUAUAUUUAUUAUGCAGAGAAAACAUAAGUAGUGUGUAGCAGAAAAACCACUGAACUAGCAUGAUGUAAUACUUCAGAUACUAAACUGUUAACUUACUGAAAACCAACGGAUGCUUUAUUUUUUUUCAUCGAAUUAAACGUAGUAGUGAAGAUAUUGGGAACAGACGGAGUCGUACCUCCGACGACGCCACCAUCCUGAUGCCGGUGGUUCAAUCUCUCACCACAUAGCAAGGUAUUUAGGAGAAUGGUGAGUUCCAUUAUGGACCUAACAGAACACAGCGGUUCAAUAAUAAGAUGAGAAUGGUGAGUUCCAUUAUGGACCCAACAGAACACAGCGGUUCAAUAAUAAGAUGAGAAUGGUGAGUUCCAUUAUGGACCCAACAGAACACAGCGGUUCAAUAAUAAGAUGAGAAUGGUGAGUUCCAUUAUGGACCCAACAGAACACAGCGG